UAGGUUAGAGCGCAAUAUUGAAUUAAACAUUUUUUUAUUACUAAAAUAUCGUGCAAUCAUGCUCGACUUAUUUACUAUAUUCAGUAAAGGUGGUAUUGUGCUAUGGUGUUUUCAAAGCACUUCGCAAAUAUUUGCUCCUAGUGUUAACGCGCUAAUACGAAGUGUCAUAUUGCAAGAACGUACGGGAAAUCAUACCUUUGAAUAUGAUUCCUUACGCUUACAGUACAAACUUGAUAACGAGUUUGAGCUGGUGUUUGUUGUUGCAUAUCAGAAAAUACUACAAUUGUCAUAUGUAGACAAAUUUUUAAAUGACAUCCAUUUGGAAUUUAGAGAUAGAUUCAAAAAUGAAUUGGAGCACUCUCAGUGGUUUUAUAAUUAUCAGUUUCAAAAUAAUUAUGAGCAUGUACUUGCCAUGGCUGAACAAUGGGCACGGACUCAGGCUAAGAUACCUAAACAAAUGCGUACCUUUGAUGAAAGUCUAAAAUCAAAAAAGACUGUUGCUAGUAUGAUUGAACGGAAAGAUGACAAAGAUAAUAAAAAACAGGGUAAAAGGAAGAAGGGAGUUAAUACUAAUACAAAUGAUGAAAUGAAAGUUCAAGAGUUCAAGGUCCCAAAAGAGGAUCUGCCAAAUAACCAAGCUAAUCACAAUGGUGAAAUAGAUGAAGAAAUUUUAAUUGCAAAUCGUAUGAAAUUGGCUCAGAAACUGAAUAAUCAAAAGAAGAAAGUUGGUAAGCCAAAAACUCCAAAGUCUGAGAAAGCUGGCAAGAAAGCUGAAAAAGCAGGCAAGAAACCUCGUGUAUGGGAAUUAGGUGGGACCAACAAAGAUCUUGCUACUUUAGAACGCACCAAAGAUAAACCAGAAGAAAGUGGUGAUUAUGUGGCAGCUGAUCAAACGUUAAUAGGUCAGAUGAAAGGAGGUAUUCGUGAUAUAGAAGUUGAAAGUUCAUCGGAGGAUGAGUCCGAGGAGGAAAUGGAUAAUUCCAAACCGCAAGUACAAAAGAAAUCCAGUAGCAUGUUUUCCAUGUUCAAAAGUUUAGUCGGCAACAAGAGUUUGAAACACGAGGAUAUGGCUCCAGUUCUGGAUAAGCUGAAGGAUCACUUGAUUUCGAAGAACGUGGCUGCUGACAUUGCUCAAAAAUUAUGCGAAUCUGUUGGUACGAAGCUCGAGGGAAAGGUAUUGGGUACGUUCGAUAGCGUGACGAAUACCGUUAAGACAACGCUGAACGACGCAUUGGUACAAAUAUUAUCCCCAAAGAGACGCGUAGAUAUUCUACGAGACGCAAUGGAAGCAAAAAAAAGCAACAGACCUUACGUUAUGACCUUCUGUGGCGUGAAUGGAGUAGGAAAAUCGACGAAUCUGGCAAAGAUUUGUUUCUGGCUCAUAGAGAAUAAUUUCCGUGUUCUUAUUGCUGCAUGUGAUACAUUCAGAGCUGGUGCAGUUGAACAACUAAGAACUCAUAUGCGCCAUUUGAAUGCUCUUCAUCCACCAGAGAAGCAUGGAAAUCAAUCUAUGGUUCAGCUGUAUGAGAAAGGCUACGGAAAGGAUGCUGCUGGUAUAGCCAUGGAGGCGAUCCGCUUCGCUAAGGAUUCGAAAAUCGAUGUGGUCUUGGUGGACACCGCUGGCAGAAUGCAAGAUAAUGAACCGUUGAUGAGAGCCUUGGCAAAGUUGAUCAAAGUGAACGAGCCUGAUCUAGUACUUUUCGUCGGUGAAGCUCUUGUUGGAAACGAAGCUGUUGAUCAAUUAGUGAAAUUCAAUCAAGCAUUAGCCGAUCAUAGUCAAUCUACCAAUCCUCAUAUCAUUGAUGGCAUCGUGUUAACUAAAUUUGAUACAAUCGAUGAUAAGGUGGGCGCGGCGAUUUCUAUGACAUAUAUUACCGGACAACCAAUCGUUUUUGUUGGGACUGGACAAACUUAUACGGACUUGAAGUCAUUAAACGCGAAUGCCGUAGUACACGCGCUGAUGAAGUAAUUGUUGAUUCGAAUAAUUAAACAUUAUUGAACUUAUUAUGUAAAGAGAAAAAGGAAGCAAACUAAUACUUCAAUGGAUUGUUAUUGACAAAUUCAUUAUUAUAAUUAUAUACAAAAAAAAUUUAGCAA